CUUUAUAGUCAACAUAGCUAUAGAAAAAGGUGCUGCCUAUUGCAAAUGAUAAGCACUCUCACUCACUGAUUUUGACCCCAUUCUUGCCCACUCUAAUUACCAACAACAGCAUCUCUAUAUGCACAGUUCUUCCCAAUAAUUCAUUCGCAGAUUCUAUGCUUAGCACAGAACAAGAAGGAGUGGACGAUUCCUGCACUCCUAUCUAACGUCGAUCUUUGGUGGCCUUGUGUUAUAAGCAUUCAAUUCAUGAACUAGUAUUUGACCAAAACAUGACUCAACAGGUACCUUUGACAGCACCAUGUUGGUUUUGGAAUUUUCUAACGAGUUCUCCUUGGGAUUCAUGUUGUUUCCUCUCAUCUGAGGUUGAGGUUGAGGAUGAGGGGUGGCCACUGGGUUUACUGCAGCAAGUGAAUGCAAAUGAAUUGGUCAGAAACAGUGACAAUGCGGGGUCAGUUUCAUUCAACACCUUACUUACUGCUUCCUCAUCUUACUCUACAGAUUCUUCAUCAGAUUUAGACACACAGUCGACGGGGUCUUUUUUUGCGGACAAUAGCACCACACUUGGGAGCCUAAUGGGUGUGUCUAGCAUUGUAGAAUUAUCCAGAAGAGGAACAAAAAGUGAAGUGUUCAAGAGUACGAAGAAGAAGUUCAUCAAUUUCAAAUCAUGGUUAUUCUGUUUAGGCUCAAGGAGUAGUAGAAAUCCUGAAGCUGAGAAGCAGAAAGAGAAUCUAGCAUCUCUUGGGGAGUUUCUUGCAGUGGAAAGAAGAGCUGCUAAUGAAAAUAGAAGGAACCAAAGCCUUGUUAUUUAUGGCCCUCAUGAAGAGCUUGCAUUGGCUGAAACCAACAUUGCAGAACAAAAUUCACUAUUUAUGAAUGGCACCAUUGCUCCUCCACACUCCCUAAGUCCAAGGCAUAGUAUUGCAACAGAGAGAAGAACAAAGGGUUUGCUUCACUUGUGGAGUUGUUUUCAUGCAUGUGUCCACAAGAUGCCUUUCGCUAGCUCCUAAUUAUAAUUUGGCAUAAACCAUCCGUCUUUUUUUCUUUUUUCUUUUCCUUUUCUUAGUAACUUUUUAUUUUACAAUAUUUGUUUUAAAAUUAACGUUGAAUGUAAGUGAAUAUGUAUCUAAAUUAAUCUUGGUUGUAAUCUUAUAUCAAAAUAUGUUUUAUUUAUUAAAUCAACAUUUUCUUUUUAAA